UCCGUCCGUCCUCUAAUGGCUGCCGCUGCUACUUCUUCUCGGUCCGUAGAACCACUGGCCGUCGGGAGAGUAAUCGGAGACGUUCUCGACAUGUUCUCCCCUACCAUUGAAUUCACAGUCCAUUACGGAUCGAAACAAGUCGCUAACGGCUGUGAAAUCAAACCUUCUGCUACACCUAACAAACCUAAAGUUCAGCUCUCUGGUUCUCGCCUCUCCAACAAUCUAUAUACUCUUGUUAUGACAGAUCCUGAUGCUCCAAGCCCCAGUGAGCCAAGUAUGAGAGAAUGGCUUCAUUGGAUCGUGGUGGAUAUUCCGGAAGGAUUGGAUGCUUCGAAAGGGAAAGAGAUAGUACCGUACAUGGGACCAAAGCCACCGACCGGCAUCCACCGGUACGUGUUCGCGUUGUUUCAGCAGAGAGGACCUAUGGCAAGGGAGAUUCGAUCGCCAGAUGCCCGCUGUAAUUUCAGUACUCGCAAUUUCGCCGCUCAGGGCGGCCUUGGCCUUCCCGUCGCCGCCGUCUAUUUCAACGCCCAGAAAGAACCGGCUGCCAGGAGACGCUGACCAGUGAUUAGUGACCUACCAGACUUAUUAUUGAAGUAAUUAAUUCCUCUCUUGUAUUGUAUUAUAUGUUAAU